GAGGGGAAUGGCUAAUAAUUAAUACCUGCAUAUUUACAGCAGCUAAUUAGGGGUGUCCGGCCGAUCCGUGGGGCAGCGGGGAGGAUCUGUGAGCCCACAACAAGGCCAGGAGCCCGCUGCUGAACUUCCCCCAAGUUCCCCUUCAUCACCUUUCUGCACACACACAGGACCAAGGCUGGCUGUGUUCAGCCUCCUGCACCUCCCGCUUUUAUCCCUUUCCUCUCCCCCCACCCCCCCUUUUUUUUCCCCCCUUCUCCCCUUUAAUUCGGUUGCUGUGAAAUUUUGCGGCCCUGCCAAGUUAUUUCCUUGGGAUAUAUUUAGAUAAAGCAAGAUCAGCAGAGAGUGAUGUGUGUUUGCGUAAGGAUGUUUGUAAAUGUUAGCAGUAACACUGUCAGGAUUGCGGAGCAGAUGUCCGCGAGAUGCUACCAAGAUCCUUAUUUACAAACUUGUAAAUGACUGAAGGGGUUUCCUUCCCGGGGAUAAGGGGGCCGCCUACUUAAGAGAUUAAAAUCCUAUUGUUUUGUGGCUGGAGCUGCUCUGUUGGAGCUGCUGUCUCAGAUUAUCCUUUACAAGGGGGGGAAAAAAAAAAGCCCUGUAUAAGCUUGGAACGGCAUUGAAUAUUUUGCCUUUUUUUUUUUUUUUUUUUUUUGGUCUUUUUAAAGCGUGGCCUUCAGAUGUGAAGAUACGGGGUAGGGUUUUGUUUCUCUCCUUUUUGAGGCGGGGGACAGCGGUCGCCCCAUGCGCUCUCUCCAGCUGCUCUCCUUCCCUGUGCUCUCAGGCAGUGCGCUUUGAGGCAUCACAACCAGCUCACCGGCUGCAACUAAGGCAGAUCUGGCCUCGCCGCUGCUCAGCACGUGCCGGAGCGCGCUGUGCUGGGAGGUGCAGGAAGGGAAAGUUGGGAAAAUCACGUAAGCACCGAUUUUGCUGUCACUCACAGCUUAGUUUUGAAGCGCUCCUCCAAGGAGGCAGCAACCUGUUACAGAUCCAUGGUUAGAAGGCAGCAGCCCUACGCAGGACGUGGUAAAGCAGCACUGCUGCGUAACGCGGAGAGCUGGCGCCCGUGGAGCCGGUGCCUCCCAUCCCUGUAGGGACACGGCCAUGUGGUGCACUGCGUUUGUAAAGCAUCGCUGGGAACGUGGGAGGAUGCCCAGGUGCCCCCACCUCCAGCAGCGUCCUCCUGGCCUCCCCGCCGUGCUUCUGCUUUUGGUUUUGCAUCAAUGCGGCUCAGACGCUGCCGCCACGCCAAGGUGGGGACGUGCAGACAGCCACCCCCGUGGCACAGGCGUUGUGCUGCCGUCCCCCCAUUAAUCAGGUUACGGUGAGGUGUGGGACUGUCCGGUUAUUAAAUUUAAAACCUCGCCGUGUGAGAUGAAGGCAGCUUUAAUGAGAUGAAAAGGCUUAACUGGAGUCCAAUUUAAUUCAGUAGUACCUGUUUACACGGCCUGCUUAAGUCCUGACCCGCACGCUAGUUUAUUUCCUCCACGCCAAAGAAGAAGUAGCAGAUGGGUAGGUACCAGCUCACAGCUCUGUGCUCACCACCUCUGCCUGCUUGCACCAGAGGGCUGCACUCAUGCCAGGGCUUACAGAGCACACACUGCGAACACGCGGGUGGAGGGACUGCAGAUGUGAGUUGCUCCUGCAUCCUAACUUCUUGGCCACCGCUGCAAACCUUGCCUGCAGAUCCCGCUCUGCUCUGCUGUGCUCCCAGCCCACGUCGGGUCUGAGCAGCCCCACAGCCGUCAGCCUGGGCGGUGCCGCAGGGAGGAUGCUGAUCGCAGGUUGAAUCUGCCGGGGGGGGGGCAGGAAACCGCCGCAGCCAGCGGGCGCCGGGAGGGGCUCACACAGCACCCGCUCCUGCCAAGCCCUGGAGCCCAGCACGGAGCUCAGCUCCGCAUUCAGGAAAAGUCAAUGAAACCCCGGUCCUUGUCCCAGCAGGAUGCGUCCCUGUAAUCCCUCCUCAGGCGUGGAAGAGUGGAGCUGGGCCAGCAUGGGGCAGCGGGUCGCUGGGUGUCCCCACGCUGCGGUGAUGCUGGAGUGGCACGAAGCAGCUCGGGGCAUUGGGAUGGGAGAGGGAGGGCACACGGCGUGGCUGUGCCACCUCCCUGCCCUUCCGCUGUUAAAUGCAAUUAAUAGAGUUGAAUAACCUGGCUUCUUCCGAAGGAUUAGGUUAAGAAAAUAAGACUGUUUUAAUAGCCCUUUUACAUCCCAGAUAGAUUUUAGCUGAAAAAACUAACCAAGAUUUAAAGCCUUCUGCCCCGAGGCUUCGUAUUCCUGCAUUAGCGCACACGAAUUUCAUGCGCUGCCUGCGAUUGCGCUCCACUUUGGGAAGGGCUGUUUCCUGCCUCCACUUCCCACAUCACUGCACAAGAUGUACGUGCUGUCCGGUCAGAGCCAUCCUCCCAGCAUCCCACUGCAGCACACGCUGCCUGCGGGUGGGAGGCACCAUGGCAAGGCACCCAGCGUGGUGAUGGCCGUCACCUCCCCAUCGCCACCACAUCCCCAGGGCAGUGAGGUCCCGGUGGAGGUGGUGCUGGGUGUGCACAGCACAUCGCUCCUUUUCUCUGCUUCUUCCCCCUGUAGCCCGAUGUCAGUGGGCUGCCGUGAGUGGACUCCUCCAGAUAAUUUAAGUAUCCAGCUCCUGGCUGUGUUGUUUUGUCCAAUUUCUAUUGCCUUCUGACCUACAUCAUUCUUUAUUUGCAAAGCUAUACUUGCAGGCAGCAGUAAUAAAUCAAUUAAUGACUCUGAUGAAUCAUUUAAUGGCUGACAAAAUAACACUGCAGUCAACAGCUUGGAUCUCUACAGCAGUACCAGAAGACGCUGGUUGACUCAGGGUAGGGAGACGAAACAGAGACUGUUAGCUCAAUUAGUGCAAUUAGUGCGCGAUUUAAAGGCUUAGACGGCAUCUGCUGGCGUACCGAGUUGCUGUGUUAACCGAGCACUGAGGUUUGGGAGCGAAACGUGGAGAUCUAGAUUGUCAUCACACCAAAAAAAAGGGGCAAAAAUCCGAUGUAGGUGGGAAAUAUGUAUAUGUACACAUGUAUCUAUAGAUGCAUGCCCUAGGAAUUGUGUUUUCUUUCCAGCACAGAGCAAAUUAACCAUCUAAUAAAAUGUGAAUGUGCAGGCAUGCUGGCCCCCCUGUGCCGAGGUGAAUUAGCUCGAUCCUUUUCCAGCCAAAUGCCAGCACUAAGCCCAGCCCUGGAGCAGGGAUGGGCUUGGACUCUCCCAGGCAUCGCAUGCAUGGUUUGGUUUUGCUCAUCAGGGCCCCAUUUCGUGCAGACGUUUGGUUUGGUGGAAGGGAGCAGAGUUCUGCGGGUGAAUGGGAGAAGCGCAUUUGAAAGUUUCUUAGCUAAAGCAGUGGGAGUAAUCCAAGAGGGUAUGAAGGGUUCUUCAGGAAUUAGAUACUGAAGGGUUCGAUGAGUUUGUGGUGCACACCUUUGGGUUUGGGGCUUGCACCCUUGAGUUUGGGCAUGUGCCUUUGGGUUUGGGGUGAGCAGCUUGGGUUUGGGGCACAUACCCUUGGGUUUGGGGUGAGCAGCUUGGGUUUGGGGCACAUACCCUUGGGUUUGGGGUGAGCAGCUUGGGUUUGGGGCACGUACCCUUGGGUUUGGGGUGAGCAGCUUGGGUUUGGGGCACAUACCCUUGGGUUUGGGGUGAGCAGCUUGGAUUUGGGGCAUGUACCCUUGGGUUUGGAGUGAGCAGCUUGGGUUUGGGGUGUGCGCCCUUGAGUUUGGGGAGAACAGCAUUGGGUUCGGGCAUUUUGUUCAUGGUGCUCCGAUUGCCUCCUUUUCCCUCUUCCUUGGCACAGCCCAGGGUUUUUGCAGCACUGCUCCAGUAAGAGGAAAGGUGCCUCGGUGUUUGCCUUAGUGGUGGUGAUAGGGAGGGGAAUAAAAAGAAAUAAAAUGUCACUUCGCAGCCUUGUAAAUCAUUCAUCAAGGGCUGACCAAUUUGGCUCCCAUCCUACAAUAUGCUCAGGGCACUUGUGGGUUUUUAAUUAUUGAGCCCUGCCAAGCGCCACAUGUGCAAGGCACGUUAAAUCCACGCUUACACGGCGAAUGCAUAGGUGAGAUUUCGGGGUGUUUAUCGCGGAAAAAUAUUCUGUGGUUUUGUGGAAAAAUGUGCAUUUGCUUAAAGAUUUUCUUUGGCUGCAUCGCCCUCCUCCUCCUGCUCCCUGUUGCAGAGGGAGGAGGAGUGCAGCAUACUUCAGUUCAUCACAAAGGCAUAAAAGCUGUGUUUGUUUUAUUAGACCCAGGCACUCUUCGUACCCAAACCGGGCUUCCUGGUGGUUCUGUUGGCCAUGUUCUGAGCCCGCUGCUGCCUUCGUUGCGCGGUGCCAACCCCGCGCCUCACCAAUGGCAUCCCCGCGGUCCCCUUUGCUCCCUGGGAUCUGUCUUGCCGCAGGAGAUUCCCCAGCAAGAGAUUAUGGUGUGCUGGAAAUCUCUUGAAACCAUAAAAUAUCACCUUGGCAGCUUUAUUGCGCCGCUCGCCGCCUUUGGAGAGCAGCGUUUUGCGUGAUAGAGGGUUUAAUAAAGGAAAUUCCAAAUGGGCUCGCUGCAGUUGGGGGCUUGGUCUUAUAUAUUUUUGCAUUAAGAACAUUCAUCUGCUUUGCAGAGAAACUGCAAUAUGUUCAUGGCCUUGGAUUAAGAUUUGGUUUUACUUUUAUAGCUGACCCACUUGGGGGGAUGGAAGGGGGGAGAAAUGGGUUCGCUCCCUCUUCUUUCUAUUUUUGCUGCCGUCUGAAGUAUAAAAAGAGCCUGGAAUGGGUAGGCUUAUUUUUCCUGCCAGGACUUCUUUUUAUUAACUGUAAAAACACUCAGAUCUGGCCUUUGCUGGUUUUGCAGGAAGGCUGCUUGGGAUGCCCUGCUCUCCUGGCCCCGCGGUGGGGUGCGGGAUGGGGGGCACAGGCAGGGGUCAGUUCUUACAGACAGGCUCCUUGUUUGGAGAGCCAGUCCAUGCUGUCCUGCAGGAUGCUUGCAGCUCUCGGAUGCUGAGUGGGCAGAACAGAAGCUGGUGCACGUGGUUUUAUCCAUCCCAUCUGCGUUACGGUGGGCGAGUGGAGCUGUCCCCACUGCUGGUGGGACACAGGGUCCGGUGGGGUCACAGUGCCCGAGCUCUGGGUUUAGAAUAACGUGGAGCAGGCUCCUGCCCAUGGGAUUUCCUUGGGGUGCUGUUGGGACGAGCAGAGGAAGGGGUGCUAGCUCUGUUGCGUAGCUUUGGGUAUGAAGUCCAUCGUAAAGCUUAGGGGAGGGGCUGGUAUAGUGAUCAGCCGGACUCAAACCCAGUUGACAUCACCGAAGCUCAUUUAUAACCACCCCAGAAACGGGGGGAUCAAUUUUCCAAAGGCAAACAGCAGUGCAGCUCUCAGGGAAAAGAACUGAAGUGUUUGUGCUAUUCCUUGGGACGUUUUGCCAUCAGAAACGUUUAAGCAAGGUCCGUUUUUCCCCCCUUCCCACCUGGGCACAGACCUACACUGCACCGACGUUUCCUCAGCACCACGGCCACACGCCCGCCGUGCCAUGCAGGUGCCCUUUGUUCCGUGGCCGGCCCCGGUGCUGGUCCCCCUGCCAGAGCACCGCCUUUGUCCAUCGGCCUGCGUUGCGGGCAGGAAGUAAAUAUUAAUCCAGUUGCUAAGCAGGGCUGUCUGGGUAACCCGCAGCUGGCCCCUUCCUUUUUUCGUGGCAAAGCCACUCGUGCCCUCGCUGGGGCUCGCAGCGGGGAUGCACAAGCCGCAUGUUGGGUGUGAUUUUAUAACAAGAAACCCUGGUUGUAGUAUGGGGAGCGUCUGCUUUGCGAGCGCAGCUGCCGCCCCGAGUCCCGUGCUUGGAAACAUUCCCCCGAACGACGGGAUGCCCGGGGGCCCCAUCCCGCCAGGUUUCUUCCAGGGACCGCCUGGUUCACAGCCCUCGCCACACGCACAGCCUCCACCCCACAACCCUAACAGCAUGAUGGGACCCCACAGUCAGCCUUUCAUGUCACCGCGCUACGCAGGAGGUCCCCGGCCCCCCAUCCGGAUGGGAAACCAGCCUCCGGGGGCCGUCCCUGGUACACAGCCAUUGCUGCCCAAUUCGAUGGAUCCCACGCGACAGCAAGGGCACCCGAACAUGGGCGGACCCAUGCAAAGGAUGAAUCCUCCGCGAGGGAUGGGCCCCAUGGGUCCCGGUCCGCAGAACUAUGGCAGCGGCAUGAGACCUCCGCCCAACUCCUUAGGCCCUGGCAUGCCCGGAAUUAACAUGGGGCCGGGAGCUGGCAGACCAUGGCCCAACCCCAGCAGUGCUAACUCAAUCCCAUACUCUUCUUCAUCGCCUGGUACAUAUGUGGGUCCUCCCGGCGGCGGCGGCCCUCCGGGGACACCCAUCAUGCCCAGCCCUGCAGAUUCAACAAAUUCAAGUGACAACAUCUACACAAUGAUUAAUCCAGUACCGCCCGCAGGCAGUCGAUCGAAUUUCCCGAUGGGCCCCGGCUCCGACGGCCCCAUGGGUGGCAUGGGUGGCAUGGAGCCCCAUCACAUGAAUGGAUCGUUAGGGUCAGGAGACAUAGAUGGACUUCCAAAAAAUUCUCCAAACAACAUAAGUGGCAUUAGCAAUCCCCCGGGCACUCCAAGAGACGACGGGGAGCUGGGAGGCAACUUUCUCCAUUCCUUCCAAAAUGACAAUUAUUCCCCCAGCAUGACGAUGAGUGUGUGAUUUCCCUCCCCCUCCUCCUCUCCAGGAUCAAGAGAGUCAGCUGCCGUUCGGAGGAUCUCAAAGAAUUAUGCAAGAAGAAGCUAGGUGUAUGGGCAGGGAGACGCGUGGCGGGGCCAGCACCCCAGGUUUAGUUUCAUGCAAUAAAAAGGCUGAACUUUUUAUUCCAUAAAACAUGAAGGACAAAACUUAAAAUAUUUCAAGACAUGAUGACAAGAUCCUUCUUUGUGCAGAAGGGUUUAUAUAUGUACAUGACACUUCUUUUUGGAAACAAAUGGAAGCCUCUAGCACCCAACUCCGAUCUCUUUGCUUUGUUCUUUUAAAUAAAGACAGAAACAGAACCCCGUUGUAUGUUUGUGCCGUGCGACACCAGGAAGCUAGUCUAGAUAUGAAAUCUCAUCUUGUCUCUGUUGUAGUCAUUUUUUAAAUAAACUGGACAGUUUACAAUGGUG